AUGUCGGUCGAGCAAAACCCUACCUUGGAAAAGGACAUCGGUCCCGAGACCGAGAGCAACGGAACUGCUCCCCUCAGGCACGAGUUGACUGAGGAGCAGACGGCUAGAGCUGCUGCGCGCUUCGGCUAUGGUCCGAUGGCUCACGUCAAUACCGCCGAGGCCAACUUGCGUCCCUUCGGAGGAGAGUUCCAGCCUGGUCUGUACAAGUCGGUCGAAGGUCGCAAGUUCGCCAACCCGGCUCCUCUGGGUCUCUGCGCUUUCGCCCUCACCACUUUCGUCCUGAGCGCGAUCAACAUGGGAACCCGGGGCAUCUCCGCGCCCAACAUCGUCGUCGGCCUGGCUUUUGGAUAUGGUGGUCUCGUUCAGCUGCUUGCUGGCAUGUGGGAGAUGGCGGUUGGAAACACUUUCGGUGCCACUGCUCUGUCUUCUUAUGGCGGAUUCUGGAUCUCCUUCGCGAUCAUUUUGACUCCCGGUGGAUUCGAUAUCGAGUCUGCGAUUGAAUCGGCUGGCGGUGCUACGAUGUUCUAUAACUCGAUGGGUCUCUUCCUCAUGGGCUGGUUCAUCUUCACUACCAUCAUGCUGUUCUGCACCCUGCGCUCGACCGUUGCUUUCUUCCUGCUGUUCUUCUUCCUGGACUUGACCUUCUUGCUCCUGGGUAUUGGAUACUUGCAGCGCACCGAUACCAACGAGGUCAACACCCCUGUCAUCAAGGCUGGUGGCUUCUUCGGCUUCCUGGCUGCUUUCGCUGCUUGGUACAACGCCCUGGCGGGUAUUGCCGACAGCAGCAACAGCUUCUUUAUCAUCCCUGUCGCCCACUUCCCGUGGUCUCCGACCGCUCGUUCUCGCCAGAAGACUGCUCGCGAGACGGUCUAA